CACUUCUCGGAUUAUGUUCGGUUGUCUCUAUUGCUGUUUGUUGAUUUUUUUUUUUUUUUUUAAACUAAACUAGUGUUACGCAAGUGUUCUACUGUUCAAUGCAGUGUAGGCUACUGGGUGGGUAGUGGCGAGAUCCGGGCUUUAAUGACCUACUUCAAAACACAAUUCUGUAAUAAUAAUAACGGAUUUUUACUUGUGAUGCGAUUUGUCUGACGGAAAACAGCUGUGACGAGGCUGUUUGUGUCUUGGAGCAGCAGCCACACCCUCCUUUUCCUCCUCCUCCUCCUCCUCCUCUUUUUCCUCGGUGUGCAGCAGCAGCAGGAGGACCAGAAGCAGCAUGAUGCGAUACAUCCUUACUCUUUUGGUGCUGCCAGCAGUCUGCAAUGGCAUCCUGCCUGAGAUCGUAGAGUCAGGAAUCAAUCACAUCGUGGAGGUACCGUCGGAGCUGGACCGCAUAUUUGUGCAGCAACUGCAGGAGGAUCGGCUGCAAAAGCCUGAGGAUGCGUUUACCCAGACAAACAGCAGUGUCAGCCCUCAUCACAGUGACCUUCCUCAGAGGCAUCCCAACGAAACUGAUAAGGUGACUAAUGGGGAAUCUGUGCACUCCUCAGCAGAACAGGGGACAAACAACAUUACUGCCGCAGCUUUCCCAGUCAGUGACCUGGAUAACAGUAUCGAUCAUGGAUGUAUGACUAACGACGACUGUGGAAAAGGAAAGUAUUGCCUCUCUGACACUCAUAGGUCCAAGUGUAAGCCAUGUAAAGACACUGAUGUGUCUUGUACUAAAGAUGACGAGUGCUGCGGCGACCAGAUGUGUGUGUGGGGUCAGUGCAGCAAAAAUGCUACCAAAGGAGAAGCUGGCAGCACUUGUCAAGUCCAGAAUGACUGUCAGCCAGAUCUCUGCUGUGCAAUUCAUAAAGCCUUGCUAUUCCCUGUUUGUUCGGUCAAGCCGAUUGAACGUGAACGCUGUUUUGAUGUCUCCAACAACCUGAUGGAGCUGCUGUCCUGGGACACGAAGGAUAAGAAACCCAGGAAACACUGUCCGUGUGCCGGAGAGCUUCAGUGCCAGCACCUCGGGCGUGGCUCCAUGUGCCUGAAAGCAGAGGACACAAGUGAAGAGGACUUGACAGACUCUCUGUACUCAGAAAUUGACUACAUUCUCUAGACAAAGCUUGACUGAAUUUACACUCUCUCAAGCAGCAUGAAGCUUUUUCCCACUGUCUUUUUGCCAGCUUAAUCCAAAGUUGUAAAGUUACAAAGCUAAUAUAAUGGAUGCUAAUAGUUUCAAUCACUGAUUGUUUUUAUGUUUUUGUUUCUUUGAGUAUUAAAUGACAUAAAGCUUUUAUACUGAAUGUUGCUUAAACUAUCCAUGUAAUUUAUGUCAGGAUUCAACAUUUAGUCACAGCUGGGAUUACAGUUAUUUCUCUGAAAUUAUGAUACAAUGAGGUUGUUUCCCUCACUCCUUAGCUAAAUGGCCCUAAUACAUUAAAUAUACUAAUUUUUUUUUAUUGGAAGGUGUUCAUCUUAUUUGGCUUUUUAUUAAUCAUAGGAUUUUUGUAAAUUUUUUUGAAAGAAUUAUAGGAACAGUUUGAUGACCAUUAAAGAUUUUUCAGGCAUUGCUGAAUGUCGGAAAAAUGGAUAUGGAUAAUUUCUAAAUAGAUAAAAAGUUUACUCUUUUUUUUUUUUUUAACUGAUACUCCUUUUAAACUGCUUGAAUACAUUUCAAGAGAUGCUCUUAUCAUUUAUUUUCAUAAAUUUGUUGAAUGAAAAUAACAUGAAUAAUUCUGAGUUUAAUUGUACUAAAAGAUAGUCUUGUUAGUUUUAUACACCAAUGCUACAUUUUAAUUUUUUUGACUCACGCCAGGCAAUGCAGCGAACAUCCUAAACAAUCGGGUAUCCAGACAAAUCGGUGCAUGUUUCUUAAAGAAACCGAUGGCUUUGUAAUUGGUUUCAUGUUUGACCAUGUAGAGUUUUAGUUUUUAAUAAAGCUUCUUUUCUAAUUCC